AUGACGCCCAAAGAGUAUCCUCAAGGCAACGGAUCGCUCCAGACGAUGAAUCUCAAAAAUAGUGCCAGUGCCGACAACAUGUCGGUCGCCAGCCACAAAAGCACCAAGGAUAUUUUGGAUGUCAAAUUCAGCAAAGCACCUACCAAAGAACCAAUCUCACAAUCGGUGUCGUACUUCAAGCUGUUCCGGUUUGCGACGUGGGGCGAAAUCUUUGCAACACUGUUGGGCAUCCUGCUGGCAUCGAUGGCUUCGCUCGGCCUACCGUACGGUGUCAUUCUGUACGGUGAGUUUACCACGCUGCUCGUCGAUCGUACCAUCGGCAUCGGCAAAUCAACCGACACGGCAAUCCUAUCGAUAUUCGGUGGCGGCAAAGUGCUGGUGAAUGCAACCGAGCGGGAGAACGCGGCCGCCAUCAUGGAGGACGCGAAAGCGUUCGGUCUCGGUGUGGUGGCCGUCACGAUACUGCAGUUCAUCUUCGCCACACUCAGCGUCGACAUUAUCAACCGAUCGGCCCAGAAGCAGAUCAGCCGGAUACGGCAGCUAUUUCUUAAGGCGGUACUGCGCCAAGACAUGACCUGGUACGAUCUCAACAGCGACGAUAGCUUUGCGGUGCGCAUUACCGACGAUCUGGAUAAGCUGAAGGAAGGUAUCGGCGAGAAGCUGUCCAUCUUUACGUACCUGGUGAUGUCAUUCGUGAUAUCUGUGAUAUUUUCGUUCUUCUACGGUUGGAAGCUAACGCUCGUGAUUCUCAGCUGUGCACCGAUCAUCAUACUGGCGACGGCUUUCGUUGCCAAGAUGCAAAGUACGCUCACGGAAAAGGAAUUGAAGUCCUACUCAUCGGCCGGUGCUGUAGCGGAAGAGGUGCUCGGCAGCAUCCGCACCGUGGUGGCGUUCGGUGGCGAAAAGAAGGAGCUCGACCGAUACCGGGAACGACUGGCCGGAGCCGAACUGAAUGGGCGCCGCAAGGGGCUGUUCUCCGGCAUCGGUGGUGGCAUCAUGUGGUUCAUCAUCUACUGCUGCUAUGCGCUCGCCUUCUGGUACGGCAUCAGCCUCAUACUGGAGGAUCGCGAUAAGGACGAUAAGGACUACACACCGGCGGUACUGAUCAUCGUCCUGUUCGGGGUGCUGGCUGGUGCGCAAAACCUUGGCCUUUCCUCACCGCACCUGGAAGCGUUCUCGACCGCAAAGGGUUCGGCUGCGACCAUAUUUUCCGUGAUCGACCGCAAGCCGGAAAUUGAUUCGCUCGGUGAUGCGGGCCUGCGGCCCAAAUCGAUGCAGGGAAAUAUAAAGUUUAGCAACGUGUACUUCCGCUACCCGGCGCGUAAUGAUGUGCAGGUGCUGCAGGGUUUAAAUUUGGAGAUUAAGACGGGACAAACCGUCGCGUUAGUCGGUCCGUCCGGGUGUGGUAAAUCGACCUGCCUGCAGCUGAUUCAGCGGUUGUAUGAUCCAUUGAAUGGCACGGUUACAAUCGAUGGGACGAAGGUGAGCGAACUGAACAUCGGUUGGCUUCGUUCGUUUAUCGGACUCGUCGGCCAAGAGCCCGUUCUGUUUGCGACGACCAUUGCCGAAAACAUACGGUACGGCAAUCCGGACGCUGCGCAGAGCGAAAUUGAGUGUGCUGCCAAAAUUGCCAACUGUCACAGCUUUAUCAUGAAGCUGCCGAAUGCCUACGGUACGAUGAUCGGUGAGCGGGGUGCACAGUUGUCCGGUGGCCAGAAGCAGCGUAUCGCAAUCGCGCGUGCCUUGGUACGCAACCCAAAAAUACUACUGCUGGACGAGGCCACUUCCGCACUGGAUCCCAACUCCGAAAAGCGCGUCCAGGACGCGUUGGAGCGGGCUAGCAAAGGGCGCACAACGCUCGUCGUUUCCCACCGGCUGUCCACGAUCACUAACGCGGACAAGAUCGUGUACAUCGACAAGGGCAACGUGCUGGAACAGGGCACGCACGACGAGCUGAUGGCUGCCCGGGGACUGUACUACGAGCUGGUAGUGGCGAGCGGUUCACAAAAGACAGCGGACGAAGACGAGAACGUGCCAGUGGCACCGAGCGUCUACUCCAUGCGCCAAGAUUCGGUUGAAGAUGGUGCAGAUGGUUCCGAUGAUGAGUCGGACAGUGGCAAAUCGGACGAAAAGAAUGAAGAAGAACAGGAAGAGGUGUAUCACGUUUCGUUGCUACGAUUGCUCAAGCUGAACUCGCCCGAGUGGCAUUACAUACUGUUCGGAUGUGCCGCUGCAAUCGUUGUUGGUGCAUCGUUCCCAGCGUUUGCCGUGCUGUUUGGAGAAAUGUAUGGCAUUCUUUCGGUUGCUGAUCCGGAGUUUGUAAAGCAAGAAUCAAACUUCUAUUCGCUGUUGUUCCUGGCACUCGGCCUUAUCACCGGGUUGGGGACAUUCUUCCAGACGUACCUGUUCAACAUUGCCGGCGUGCGGCUCACGUCCCGCUUGCGCCAGAAGUCAUUCAAGGCGAUCGUUACUCAGGAAAUGGCUUGGUUUGACGAAAGUCGCAACGCUGUCGGUGCUCUCUGUGCCCGGUUGUCGGGUGACUGUGCUAGCGUACAGGGUGCGACGGGUACCCGGAUUGGAUCUCUGCUGCAGGCUGCAUCGACCAUCUGCAUCGGGGUGGGUAUUUCGUUCUUCUACUCCUGGAACCUAACGCUCGUCUCGAUCGUGGCAAUCCCGGUUACGCUCGCUUCGAUCACGCUCGAGUCACGCUACACGCAGAUGAGCAGCUUGAAGGAGAAACAGUCACUCGAAGGUGCUACCAAGCUGGCGGUGGAGGCUAUCUCUAACAUUCGCACGGUGGCUAGCCUGGGUCAGGAGAAGCAUGUUCUGCAACGGUACGGCCAGGAGACGGUGAAGAUAGAUGAUGCCUGCCGGCGCAAGACACGGCUGCGUGGUACGGUGUUUGCCCUCGGCCAGGUGAUGCCAUUUGCCGGCUACGGUCUGGCGCUGUUCUACGGUGGUAAGCUGGUGUCGGAGAAGGAGCUGGAAUACAAGGACGUCAUCAAAGUCUCGGAAGCACUUAUCUUCGGUGCGUGGAUGUUGGGACAAGCGUUAGCGUACGCGCCGAAUGUAAAUUCUGCCAUCCUGUCGGCGGGACGUUUGAUGAAGCUGCUGGACCGUUCACCGAGAAUGCAUAACCCUUCCAGCUCGUACCAUUCCCUUUCCCAGCGUACGGAGGGUGAUAUCAAGUUUACGGAUGUGGAGUUCCGCUAUCCGACACGUCCAACUGUGCCCGUUCUGCAAGGGUUAAAUUUGGACAUCGGCAAAGGUCAAACAGUAGCAUUGGUUGGUCCGUCCGGUUGUGGUAAGUCCACCUGCAUUCAGUUGCUGCUGCGAUACUACGAUCCCGACAGUGGCAAGGUGGAUAUUGACGGUACCACCACAACGGAGUUCUCGCUCAACCGCAUACGAGCACAGAUGGGGCUGGUAUCGCAAGAGCCCAUCCUGUUCGAUCGCACCAUUGCGGAGAACAUCGCCUACGGGGACAACACGCGCGACAUUGCAAUGGCGGAAAUCAUUGAAGCCGCCAAGAUGGCUAACAUACACGAGUUUAUCGUAAACUUGCCCAAGGGCUACGACACCAGCCUUGGCAGCAAGGGCGCCCAGCUCUCCGGUGGCCAAAAGCAGCGCAUUGCAAUUGCCCGGGCACUGGUGCGCAAUCCUCGCGUGCUGCUGCUGGACGAAGCAACGUCAGCGCUGGACAACCAGAGCGAAAAGAUCGUCCAGAAUGCGCUCGAUCAUGCGCGAACCGGGCGCACCUGUAUCAUCAUUGCCCACCGAUUAACCACCAUCCAGAACGCGAAUCUCAUCUGCGUCAUCCAGAACGGUGUCGUGGUGGAGGCGGGAACGCACGACGAGCUGAUGGCCAAGAACCGAAUCUAUGCUAAGCUGUACCAAAUGCAGCAGGUGGCGUAA